AUGGAGUCUUUGCGCCGCCUUACAAGCUCUGUGUUUGACACAGGACUUGUACUUCGUGGUAGCCAAGGCGAAGUGCGUGCUCCAGAUGCUCGCUCUCUAAAUCUCACAUUCAUGACUGAGCGACUCGUGGUCGUUGGCGCGCCCUGCGAUACCCCAACCGACAAGAAGCGCAACUUGGUGAAUGCUGAUGAUCUGGCUCAAUAUUUGGAAACUCACCACCGCAAUCAUUAUAUGUUUUUUUCUCUCAAUUCUCUCGAUGAUGUGGACGAUAAUGGGCGACAGCUUGUGGCUGACAAGCUGCAUGAGCAGCUGCUUGAGUUUAAUUGGGAACGUGACGGCAUGAAGGCGCACACUCCUCCCUUAGACCUCAUUUUUCGCAUCUGUUAUGCCUUGAAUGCAUGGUUGUCGCUUGAUCCACUUCAUGUAGCACUUAUCAGCUGUCAGACUGGAAAGACUCGUUGUGGCGUCGUAGUGGCUUGCUACUUGCUGUUCGCAAAGCUCGCGGACAAUCCAACGAUAGCCUUUGUCGAGUUUUACAGAAAGCGCUGGGACAUGAUGUCACUCACACCGCAUGCACUCAAGAAAAAGACACCGCCGUCUAUCCAAAGAUUUCUUACGAGUUUUCACGCCCUUUUACAGCAGAAGCCGUCAAAUGACAGGCCGCUGCUGCUUAAGGCCGUGAUAUUCCGACAGCUUCCCGUGGAACUGCAACCAUGUGUACAGAUCUGGGAUGACUACAAGCUGGUAUUUUGCUCUAGAGAGUUACAAGGUGAAGAAAAACGGGAAGCUCCGGUAUUAGACUGGAACGAAGAGGAUGGAUUCUUUGCCAUCUUGUGGGAGAACGGCAUUGAGCUGGAUAGUGGAUUUACAAUUGUGUGCUCAUUUGGAGACGAUUACGGCGAUGCAGUUGAUGUGGACGCUUCCUCAAAAGUGCUUUUCAGGUAUGCAGACUCGACACUGUUUCUAUUUCCCGGAAUUGUGACGCUUAAAAAACGCGAUCUGGAUCUGAUGAAACAAUACGAGCAUGGAUUUGAUGAGGAUCAGUUUUCAGUGGAUUUAGUCCUGCGCGAAAGCAGUGCACAAAUGUCUCGAAACUUUUUCAGGAAGGACUUUUCAGGGAACAGCGCGACAUGGCAAGGGCUGGUGGAAAUAACUAAGCACCAUGUCGUUCUGCCGGAUCCUGCAAUGCAUUCAAAUUUUGUCCGAAUGGGAUUCUCAGAGACAUCAACGACUUUUGCGUUGCAACGCUCUCAGAACGCACCAAAUGUGGCACUGGACUUGCUGCACUCUAAAGGUAUGUCGACAAUUUGUGCUCAGGCAGCAGCGGAAAUAGUAGCAAAUAAAGAGCAAGUGACAGGUAGCAACAGUGGAAAAGAAGACCUUCUUUCCGAAAUUGAUCAGCAGCCUGCACUUCAUCGCCAAACAACGGCAGAAGUUAACACAAUGCAGUCUAAGCGCUUACAAUAUACAGCUCUGACGUUAUCGUUGUGUGAUACGUGCAAAGAAGAUGAUUUUAUGAUGCGAUCGCAGCUUGUCAAGUGUGCAGGGCAGUGCGGAAAGUACUACCACACAACAUGUGUGGGAUUGCGAAAGAUUCCAUUUGGACUGACAACUACGAGUGAUCGAACAAAUCAUGCUGUAUAUGUUAAAAAGUUUUUUAGUGCAUGGGAAUGCGAUGUUUGUUUUCCAAAAUCUCCGAAUCCAGAAAAAGCAUUUAUAGCAGUUAGAGACAUUCCAUCAAAUAUGAAAUUGGUUCCUGCUGAUUGGAUUGGUCAAGACCCGGCAAACUCACAAGAUAUCACUAAUGCAAGUUGCGCGAAGGACGUGCAUAGCACAAUUACAGCUUGUGAUAGUUCGACUCAUUCGAUGGAAGAAGAAUCUGACUCAGCAGACCCAAAAAAACUUUGUCAGCUGAAGAAUUUUCUCGCAACGAGCGGUUUAUCCCUCAAAGAUCUCAUAAAUGCAGUAAGGAGUUCAGACAUCAGGAGCGCUACAGCUGUGUCAGAAAAAGACAAAGUUGUUCCCGCCGCUGCAUCUGAAUCACUCAAACUGGAAGUAAGGUCUGCUGCGCAAAAUGAUUUGGAGGCGGCAAAUGAAUUGAAUAUUGCAAGUAAUAGGUCGCUGAUUAGAAGUGAAGAUACCAAGUACAAUUUGAUGCUAAAACGUGGAGUCCCAUUCGAGGGAGUUCAAAACUGCAUGCGGAUGGAUGGUGUCGAUCCUUCGAAUUUGCAGCCUAUAUUUCCGAUCGUUGAUUCCGCAAGUGACGACUGUAACGUGGAAAAAGAAGUGAAUAAUGUUAAAAUACAGCUGAAGGACAUGGAGGUUUAUGCGCGCUACUUUCGAAUGCUAAGAAUGGGAUGCCCAAAAGAAGCUGUAGAGCAAAAACUUAUCAUGGAUGGGGUUGACCCAAUUAUUUUAGAACUUGGUCCCACUUCGAUAUACGAAGAAGUAAAGGGCCGUAUUGCUAUCAAACGCUACGAGGCAAAUCUCGAAAAUGGUAUCAAAAGCGCGCACCUGCCUGAAAGCAGAAACAAAAAUACUGCCAUCGACAAUGUAUCGUCAGGCGACCGCGACCUGCACGUCCAAUAUGAUAAAGUAUCGAAGUUGGGGAUUCCUGAUGGGGCAGCUGAUCAAAAUAUGAAAGUGAAUGGCGAAGGUGGGCGUGCAUUAGACCAAGACAAUAGCGCAUUUUCCUGCAAGUUGCCAAAAUCAGAAAUAGGCAAGAAAGCCGCUACCUCGUUAAAUCAUGUGAAGCUGAAGGAUGAUCCAAAGUACGCGAAGUUCUUCAAAAUGCUGCAAAUGGGGCUUCCCGAAGGAGCUGUGCGCCAAAAGAUGAAAGCCGAAAGCAUUGACGAGCGUGCUUUGGAUAUAGGUGGUAACGGGCUUGUUUCAGAAUUGCUUCGUUUCGCGACUAGCGUCAAACUUCAGGAUGAUCCGAUUUACUCGAAGUAUUUCAAAAUGCUAAAGAUGGGGCUACCAGAUGGUGCUGUUAGACAAAAAAUGAUGACCGAACAUGUCGAUGUUCGAGCGCUCGAGUUAGGGCCUGAUGCAUUUGUUUCACAACUGUCUUCCUGUAAGAAUUUUGACGCAUCAACAGUGCCUGUUGUGCCAAAGGUUAGACACGCACGCAAGAAGCUGCACUGGCAAGCAAUAUCUGAGGAUCGGUUGAGCAAUCUUAAUCAGCAGACGAUUUGGGAAGACGAAGAUGAUGACGUAUCUUUUGAUAUGGAUAUGGAUGAGCUUGAAGCGCUCUUUUUUGCUAAUCAAAGUUCAGUUAGCGUAAAAAAGAAUUCGGCUCGUGGACAAACAAAAGCUUUAAAGCGGAAACAGGCAGUGACACUGAUCGACGGAAAGCGUGCUAUGAACGCCGCUAUCUCGCUGGCCAGGAUUAAGCUUUCAUACGUCGAGAUUGCUGAUGCUGUGGCAAGAUUUGACCAAAGCGGAUUGACAAAUGAGCAGCUUAUUGGUAUUAGCGAAUUCUUGCCAACGUCGGAGGAGGUCGCAUUAGUUUGUGGAUAUACAGGGAAUAAAGAUAUGCUAGGCGAGGCCGAGAAGUUUAUUAUUGAGAUAGCGAAGGUGCGGCGAUAUGCACAGCGAAUGGAAUGUUUGGUGUACAAAUUGUCUUUUGCGUCGCGUAGCACGGAACUUGCUACCUCUGUGGCACAUUUGCGAAAGGCGGCUGAAGAAGCAAAAAGCAGCCGACUACUGAAGACAUUGCUGGCCAUGGUACUCAAGCUAGGCAAUACACUAAAUGGAAGUGGUGAAGAUGACGGAAUUAAGGGUUUUACUGUGGACUCACUUUUACGGCUGGGGCACACCAAGGCCAUCAAUAAAAAGACGACUGUUUUGCAUUAUUUAGUCCGACUAGCGAAGAAGAAUCACCCCCAGAUACUUGACUUCCAGGCAGAACUGCGCAGUGUACCUCUCGCAGCACGCGAGUCGUUCGAAGCUGUCGAUGGAGAAUUCAAAAAACUACAGAUGGGGCUGAAAGGCCUUGAAACAGAAGUGGAUCUUCUUGAGAAGCAAGCAGUCGAAGACCAGAACUUGAAGGUCACAAUCAGGGCAAUGCAAACUGCUGCCUCUGAAAUCGAAAGUCAAAUUCACGCUCUUGCGAAUGGAGUCACUGAGGCAAGAGAAGAAGUUUCGAAUGUGUUAAAUUACUUCGGUGAAGACUCAAAGCGAAAUCCAACUGAUUUUUUUACUACACUUGCCUCCUUUUGUUCGAUUUUCCAACAAGCGCGUAAUGAGGUCGAUACCGCGGACGAGGCUGAACGCUCGAAGGUGCGGCGAUCGAGCUCCCUUAAACCAGCAACAAAAGUCACUGCCGAGGCAACUGCGAAGGAAUCACGUCCUAUCUUAGAGCGCACUGACAAGCGGUACUCCAAUGAUAGCUAA